AUGGCGAGUGGCGGAGGCAAAGCCAAGGCAUCGUCGUGGGCGGCGGCGAUGGGCAUGGGCGCUGGCACGGUGGAGGCGUUCAAGCAGCGGCAUGCCGGGCUGUGCCGCUGGAACCACCACGCGCUCCCGUGUGUCUUCCAGCAGCACGCCGGCAGUGCGGCCGCCGGGAACAGCAAGACCAUGGCGGCUCCUGCUGCCGGUGGGACGGCGGCGAGUCGGAGGAAGGCUAGGCAGGAGCAGGAGGAGGAGCUCCGGACGGUCAUGUACCUCAGCAACUGGGGUCUGGGGACCCAACAACUAGCCUGCAGAUUACUCAUUACGUAUUGGUUAGAGUAGAUUGGUGUGCUGCAAUAGUUUGUGCUACUGCGGCAUCCAUCGUAGGGCUUCUGUUUUUCGCGAUUGAGCGAUCGAGUCCUGCGCCCCAGUGCGUGAACUUUCGGGUUGCCCUGCCAUGAACGCAUACAACAGAAAACGCCACCCUUGCAGCCUACCAGCUCAA